CAAUCCGAUCUACUCCCCCCACCCCUCGAGCCGCGUCUCGCGUCUCGCCUCCUCUGCUCUCCGCAACGGACGAAGCGACGCGACCGGAUCAGAAGCAGGCGGCAGCAACCGCCAACGGCGUCGGCUUCUUCGAGGGGGAGUAGGGGAGUGAUUGGGAGCCGGUGCGCGCCGCGAUGGCGCUGGACGGCGGCGUCUGGGGAGGGGUGAUCGGGGCGCUGGCCUACGGCGUCCUGGCGGUGGCGGCGCUGCGGCUGGUGCUGUCGUACAAGUCGGCGGCGCACGCGCUGCGGCGGGCGUGGCGGUGGGCGGACGAGUGGGCGCAGGCGUACCAGUACUACGAGGUGCCGCGCCUCGGCGCGGACGGCGCGGAGAACCCGCUGUUCCGGAAGGCGGCGGCGUACGUGGCGUCGCUGCCGUCGCUCGAGGACGCCGACGCCGCCUGCGUCCUGUCGUCGGCGGCCAAGAGCAACGACUUCGCGCUGCAGCUGGGCCCGGGCCACGCCGCGCGGGACGCCUUCCUCGGCGCGCGCCUCGCCUGGACCAACGCCGGCGCCGGCCGCCUCGUCCUGCGCGUGCGCCGCCACGACCGCACCCGCGUGCUGCGGCCCUACCUGCAGCACGUCGAGUCCGUCGCCGACGAGAUGGAGGCGCGCCGCAGGGAGCUGCGGCUGUACGCCAACGCCGGCGGCGCGGGCGCGCCGCGGUGGGCGUCCGCGCCCUUUACCCACCCAGCCACGCUCGACACCGUGGCCAUGGACCCCGAGCUCAAGGCCCGCGUCCGCGCCGACCUCGAGAGCUUCCUCAAGGGCCGCGCCUACUACCACCGGCUCGGCCGCGUCUGGCGCCGGAGCUACCUGCUCUACGGCGGCCCCGGCACCGGCAAGUCCACCUUCGCCGCCGCGAUGGCGAGGUUCCUCGGCUACGACGUCUACGACAUCGACCUGUCCCGCGGCGGAUGCGACGACCUCCGCGCGCUGCUCCUGGACACCGCCCCGCGGUCGCUCAUCCUCGUGGAGGACCUCGACCGGUACCUCCGCGGCGGCGACGGUGAGACGGCGGCGGCCAGGACGGCGCGGGUGCUCAGCUUCAUGGACGGGCUGUCCUCCUGCUGCGGCGAGGAGCGCGUCAUGGUGUUCACCAUGAGCGGCGGCAAGGACGGCGUGGACCCGGCCGUGCUGCGGCCGGGCCGGCUGGACGUGCACAUCCACUUCACCAUGUGCGACUUCGAGGCCUUCAAGGCGCUGGCCAGCAACUACCUGGGGCUCAAGGACCACAAGCUGUACCCGCAGGUGGAGGAGGGCUUCCACGCCGGCGCCCGCCUCAGCCCCGCCGAGCUCGGCGAGAUCAUGAUCGCCAACCGCGGGUCCCCGAGCCGCGCGCUCCGCACCGUCAUCAACGCCCUGCAGCAAGUGGCGGUGCCGCCGCCGCCCCCGCAGCCGCAGCGGGCCGGCACCGCCACCGCCACCGCCACCGCGGCGCGCCCGCCCAGGCUCACCUCGAGGUGGUCCGGGCACCUCGACUACGCCAGCGCGUCGGACGCCGGCGCGGCGGGCCAGUCGUCGCCCCGGGGCGGGGGUGGGUUCGCCAAGGACGCGCCGAUCAGGGAGUUCAAGAAGCUCUACGGCCUGAUCAAGUACAGGAGCCGGAAGGACGCCGGCGUCGUGCCGGUGGACGACAGCGCGGCAUCGCCGAACGGGCGGGGCAGCGAGGCCAGCUCUGACAAGGACCGGACCGGUGAUUAGUUAUUAAUUAUUUAUCUGUUGGGAGCAAUUUGGCUUUGCUCUCUAUUUUCUUUUUACUUUUGAUAAUCAUGGUUGCUAAGUACAUCCUUUCUGUUUAUCUGAAAUUUGGGGGCCGGUGCGCUGUACAUUGUAAUCUGGUAGCACUAGCUAGGGUUUUCUUCUUAUCUGAAAUUUGGGGCUGUACACUGUACUAUGGUAGGAUGAGCAAGUUCGUCACUUGGACCAAAAAAAUUUCCAAUAACAUUGGAACGGAGAGGCAAAGGAAGGGCUCAUCUCAAACAAGUUUCAUUGCCCA